AGCCAGGGCCUCAGCGAGGUUUCUGGAGUCGCGUGGGGCCACGUGCUUGUGUGCAGGGGCGGAGCCCCGAGCGGUGCAAGCCUGGCCCGUCCUUCCUCCUCUCACCUGAGGGCCGCGGCGGGAUGUCUCCGCAUCCAGAAGCCAUCCCGGACUGCGGGCCGGCAGACGCCGCAGCCCGCGGCGUGGGAGCGUUUCCUUCUCAGUUCUCAACUCUCUUCCAAGAGCAACACAAAACGAACAUAUCUCAGGCGUCACUAUCAUUCAGGGACGUGACUGUGGAACUCAGCCAGGAGGAGUGGCAGCACAUGGGCCCUGCUCAGAGGACCCUGUACAGAGACGUGAUGCUGGAGAACUACAGCCACCUUGUCUCCAUGGGGUACUGCAUUUUCAAGCCAGAGGUGAUCCUCAAGUUAGAGCAAGGAGAAGCACCUUGGUUCUCAGAGGAGGAGAUUUCAAACCAGAAUGACCCAGAAAAUUACAAAGUCAAUGACUUGAUCAAGAGGAACAAGAAAAUCAAAGACAAAUACUUGCAACCGAUAAUAUUCACAAAAAAUAAAACAUUGACUAGAGAGAAAGGGAAAUUUGGGGGAAAACCAUUUAAUCUGCACACAGCUCCAGUUUGUUCAACAGAACUGUCCUGCCGAUGUGAAUCAUGGGGAGUGAAUUUUCAAAAUAUUUCUAAAUUUAUCCAAAAUAAUAGAAACUGUUCAACAAAGAAAGCAGAUUGCUAUAAUGUACGUGAGAAUUUGCCUUUCAAAAUUAAGUUUGGCAGAAAUCAUACUGGAAAGAACUUUCAUGAAUACAGUAAAAACACGCAAGCCCUUAAUUAUAAGGAAACUCUUGAGCAUAAGGAGUUUCAAACAUUGGAGCAAGAUUUUGAAGGUAAUAAAAUUGGAAAAAUCUGUAAUAAGACUGACUUUGUUACAUGUAAGAGUUCUCGCGCAGAAGAAAAAUCCUGUAAAGGUGAUGAAAGAAGGAAAAACCUUCAUGAGAUAACUCCUUUUGACCACAGAAGAAUUAACACAGUGGAGAAACGCUCUUAUCUUCACCAGUGUGGAAAAUCUUCCUUUGGGAAGUCAGCCCUGGGGGAAUACAGUAAAUUUAACAUGACUGUGACAUAUCAUGAACCUAACACACAUGGAAGUGAUUUCAGCAAGCAGUCAUGCCUCACUCAGUCUCGGAGAACUGUCACAAAAGAGAAUCCGUUGAUAUCUAAUGGCAGAACACAAACUGGGGAUAAAUCCUUUGAAUAUGAAAAUAAGAGGUCCUGUCAGACAUUAACCUGCAAAAUACGGCAGAGAACUCACUCUGACAUAAAACCCUACAGAUGUAAUGAAUGUGGGAAAUCCUUUUGUCAGAAAGGACAUCUCGUUCAGCAUCAGAGAACUCACACAGGAGAGAAACCAUUUGAAUGUAAUGAAUGUGGAAAAACUUUCUCCCAGAAGUCCCACCUCAGUACACAUCAAAGAAUUCACACAGCAGAGAAACCCUAUAAGUGUAAUGAAUGUGGGAAAACGUUUGUCCAAAAGUCAACCCUCCGGGGACAUCAGAGAAUCCACACAGGAGAGAAACCCUAUGAAUGUAGUGAGUGUGGGAAAACCUUUGUUCAGAAGUCAACCCUCAGAGAUCAUCACAGAAUUCACACAGGGGAGAAAUCCUUUCAGUGUAAUGAAUGUGGAAAAACUUUUGGCCAGAAAUCUAACCUCAGAAUACAUCAAAGAACUCAUAGUGGGGAGAAAACAUAUCAGUGUGAUGAAUGUGAAAAAUCCUUCUGGCGCAAAGACCAUCUCAUUCAACACCAGAAAACUCACACAGGAGAGAAACCAUUCAAAUGUAAUGAGUGUGGGAAAACUUUUGCCCGGACAUCAACCCUCCGAGUGCAUCAGAGAAUUCACACUGGGGAGAAACCUUUUAAAUGUAAUGAGUGUGGGAAAAAGUUUGUACGGAAGGCAAUCCUUAGUGAUCAUCAGAGAAUUCAUACAGGGGAGAAACCCUUUCAGUGUAAUAAAUGUGGGAAAACAUUCGGCCAGAAAUCAAACCUCAGAAUACAUCAGAGAAUUCACAGUGGGGAGAAAUCUUAUGAAUGGAAUGAAUAUGGAAAAGUGUAUAAGUCAACUCUGUAUCAGAGGAUUCAGGGAGGAAGGAAACUCUAUUGAUAACUGUAGAAAAUAUUUCUGACAAAAAGACUGAUUUGACAACAGGGUAUUCAGGAAGUUCAAUUGGAAAUACACUCGCACAUGUACACUAAUAGCAACAUAAGUGAACCUUUAUAACAGUUCACACAAAAAAGAAACCAUAUGAAUAUCAAUGUAGGAAGACUUAUCUAAAAGGCAACCCUUAGAUAUAUCUAAGAAUUCACCCAGACUUCUGUUUUUUCAGAGGACGAUAGGAAGUCCUUUUGAAUGAAGUCAUACCCUUUUAGAUAGUUCAUGCCUCACACAGUCUGUUAAUCUGUUCACCAGUAACAGUUUCAUUUUUUCUUUAAGGUGCAUAACUAGUCUAAAUUCCCUUUCACCUAAGAGGGAUUUGUGACAGGCUGCUGGAGUGUGGAUGGAUGCCUGUGGUAUAUGCCACACCCAGAUUUGCAAAUCAAAGACUUUCCUGAGCAGCCUCCAAGGCCCUGUAAAAAUAAAAUGAGUGUGAUUUCUGGGUCAGCCUGUGGUGCCAUGCCUUCAUGUGGCACAGCCCGAGGUAAGAAAGGCCAGCACGCUCGAACACAUUGGUGGGUGUAAGUUCUCUUCCACACCUUUACUGAUGAAAAGUAUUUUGAACAGAUAUUAAGCUUUUAUUCUAUUGAACUCUUGCAUGUUUUGAUACACUUGUUUCGAUAUCUAGUUUAGCUGUCACUGCUAGGAAGGCAGAAUAUAGGUGUGUAAACCAAGUGUAAGUCAACCAGAGGACACCAGCCUCUUCAGAAGACAACUGGGUGAGUCAAAGAGGACAAGAGAAUUCAUACAAAAGUCAUCCUUUCCAGAUAAUGAAAUAAGUGGCAUCACCUGAUAACAGUGUUUUAGAUGAACUGGAAGUGUUGGAAGAGGCUUUUUUGUUGUUAGUGGUGGUUGGUUGAUAUUGGUUGAAUGGUGAGCAGCCACCACACAGCUCAAAGGAACUAUUUCUUGCUGAAUGACAUAAGCCACUGCCCUCACAGCUCUAUAUACCACAAGCACAACUUCUUUAAGGAGUAAGGUUUCCUUGUCUCCAAGGGGGGUCUGGAAGCCAUUAGCAAUCACCUGAGUAUUUGGGGGGAACAUCUGGGGAGGGAAAAGACUCAAAUGUUUAUGGCUAUAUUGAAUACAAGUGCCCAAGUCAACAUCUGGCCAGUUCUGAUGGAGGUAGGGGCCCCUUGAUUUAGCUAAUGAGGUUUGAAAGGGUUCACAGUAGGGAAGGGAGAAAGGUAACUUGGUGGAUGGGAUUCUGUAGGUCAGUGCAAUAGACUGGUUACUUCUAUGUUUCAAAGUGUACUGAAGUGCUGGGGACGUAGCAUGGUGAUAGUGUGCUUGCCUAGCAUGUGUGAGGCCCUGGGUUUGAUCCCCCUUACCAAAAAAAAAAAAAAAAAAAAGGUAUAGUAAGAAUUGAUAUGGUAUAUGCUCUGUUCCCCACAAGUCAUACAAGGAAUUCUCCCAAUCAGGAAGAGUGGCAUGUGAAGAAAAACAACUAUUAGCUAAACUAGUCUCUUUUCCACAUUGGAAACCAUUGUCUUCAAUAGAAGCCUCUGCCUGAAAUUCCAGUUUUAGGGUAUAUCAUCGUGGACUCAACAACUAACAAAAUGAGAACAACCCAGCAAGCCUCAACUUGUGGAAUGAAAACUAUUUUAAGAAUGCAGCUGUUGUAGGCCCAUAGUAGUAUCUCAGCUGAACAUGAACCGGCAGAAUGUUUUCUUUAUAGGAAAUUUAGGGGCUGGGGAGAUAGCUCAGCUGGUAGAGUGCUUGCCUUGCAAGCACAAGGCCCUGGGUUCAAUCUCCAGCACCCCCCCAAAAAAAAAGAAGAAAGAAAGAAAGAAGUUUAUUUCCCACUUCGUUACCUGAAACAGAACUUCUGACUUAGUAGGGCCCUCAGUUUGUGCAGAUUAAUCUAAUUGGGCCUUGUUUGCUAACUUGAAAGCACUACAAUGCUAUAUCUACUUAAAAUUUGUCUUUAUAUACCCCAAAAUGAAAGUGCUCUCUCCUCAGUGAACAGAUCACAAGGAUUCCUCAGUGCUGCCCAGUACUUCACUGGAUAAAACUUGUAUUCCUAUUAAAACUUGGGCUCUUGCUGUGACCUAGUUAUUGUAAAUUCCAAUUAGGACAUGAGAUUAAAGGCACCCCCUUUGUUGUUCUGAAUUGUGAGAGAAAAUCACAGCUGCUGGCACCCCCAUGGUGUGCUCCAUUAGAUGUCCACGAUGAAACCAUUCUCUAAUGAGACUAAAGUGGAAGCAAGCUGCUGAUUCAGCUUUCUCUGUUCAGAUCGCCAACACUGCCACUAUAUCCAUCACUGUACUGGUGUAUGAAAACAUUCUCUCUAUUACACUGGGCACAAAGAUCUGUAUAUACCCCAUAUCUCUAUUGGUGUCAUUUGAUGUAAGAAUCUACAAAUUUUUUCCUUUUGAAUGAAUAGGCAAUAUUCUGUGUACCAUUUCAUUAGAUCACCUCUUUCCUACUGAUUUUUAAUGUCUUCACAUACUAAAUUGUCAGUUGUAAAGAUAUUGCAUGUUUAUCACCCUUCCUUUCUGUUUCAUUCCUUCUAUUCUGUUACUUCAGUAAGAUAUCCUCCUCUUAUGAACCAGACUGGCACAUACCUCAUGACCCAGAAUACCUGAUCUUUCUACUCUGAUACUGAAGGAUGUUUGAAUCAAUAUUCUUUCACAGAAGGAUGUUCAAGUUUGGAAAACGAGAAUCCUAGAACUUUAGAAGUGGAACAUCAUUGACCAGUGACACUAACUGAGUGGCCAGCAGCCUUGCUAGGGAAAUGCAUUUGCAAUAUAAGGUUACACAUGAAGAGAAGCAAACAGAACAGGGAGAUUGGUGGUUAGUGCUACAGUCCGUGAGAAGCAAAAUAUCAUGUUUGUUCCCUAUAACCCUUGGUAGUAUAAAGAAGGUCUUUCAUUGUUUAAACUCUUGGGUUUUACUUAUAUACUUUCUUAAGACAUUUAAAAUUGUCUCCCUCUCUGUUCCCUUUUAAGUAGAAUAUUUUAGGAUCAUGAUUGGGUUUGGUGUUAAGUUCAGGAUUAGGUCCCACACCCCCCCAGAUGGAACUAAAGUCAUCCAGGUGACUAGGUAAUGAAAGCCCCACGACUGGGCACUUAGGCCUUGCCUUCUGUCCCUUUUACAUAUAACACAUCACAGUUAGAGGUCAUGGUCUGUGUUCUCAUCAUGAAUCUUCCCUUCUGCCUGCCUGGCUGAUCUUACCAAGUUGUGGUCUUCUUCCAAUAGAUAGGUGCCUCACCUAGUAAACCUAGAGAUGUUAAUUUUUUUGCCCACC